CUUGCAACUCACCAUCAGUCCAUCACUCACCAACUCAACCAGUCGUCGCUCCGUCCACACGGCCAUGGCAGCUAAUAAGCUCGCGGCGGCGGCGGCGCUGCUCCUGGUCGUCCUGGCCGUCGCUGCAGCCACGCCGGCGUCGGCGCAGAAGUGCGGGUGCGCCACGGGGCUUUGCUGCAGCCGGUUCGGGUUCUGCGGCACCGGCAAUGACUACUGCGGCACGGGGUGCCAGUCGGGCCCCUGCAACAUGCCGGCCACCAACAACGUGUCCGUGGCCAGCAUCGUCACGCCGGCCUUCUUCGACGCCCUCCUCGCGCAGGCCGCCGCCGGCUGCGAGGCCAAGGGGUUCUACACCCGCGACGCCUUCCUCGCCGCCGCCGGCUACUACCCGUCGUUCGGCCGCACCGGCACCGCCGACGACUCCAGGCGCGAGAUCGCCGCCUUCUUCGGCAACGCCAACCACGAGACCAUCAGGUUCUGCUACGUCAACGAGAUCGACGGGCCGAGCAAGAACUACUGCGACGCGGGCAAUACGGAGUGGCCGUGCCAGGCAGGGAAGGGGUACUACGGGCGGGGCCCGCUGCAGAUCUCGUGGAACUACAACUACGGGCCGGCGGGGCAGAGCAUCGGCUUCGACGGGCUCGGCGACCCCGACGCGGUGGCGCGCAGCGCCGUCGUCGCGUUCCGGGCGGCGCUCUGGUACUGGAUGAACAACGUGCACGAGCCCCUACUCGCCUCCGGCGGAGGGUUCGGCGCCACCAUCCGGGCCAUCAACGGCGCGCUCGAGUGCGGCGGCAAGAACCCCACCGCCGUCAACAGCCGCGUCGGCUACUACAAGCAGUUCUGCCAGGACUUCGGCGUCGACCCGGGGAGCAACCUCACCUGCUGAUUCGGCUGGAUGGGUGGAUGUUUCGAUUUGGUGGUGUGAAAUGUCAUGUGCGUGGUGUGAGGCGUGAACAAGCUAGGCAUGUAUAGCGUGCGCCGUUCUGAUUCAUAAUAUUCGGAAAAAUAAUUUUGGUUUGCACGAGCUGUUCA